GUAUAAUUUUAAAUCUAUGAAUUGAAAGAUACAAAAGAAAAGCAUAACUGAAGGCGGAAAGCAAGCAACCAAGUUUUUUUUUAUUAUUAUUUGGAAAUAGUAAGAGUAAUCAUUUUUAGGGAUUAUAGAAAUAAUUAUUCUCCUCCCAAGCUUAUGAUUUUUAACUAAUGACACUUUAUAUGGGGCGUGGGCCGUUACCUAUUAGGUUUUUCUCUUGGACAACACACAUUCAUGCCAAGCUUCUCUCUUUUCCUUACUGCAUCAACCAAAUUUUCGUGUGGCUUCAAUUCUGCUCAUGCAAUCCAAGCUGUUAGCACAGUGCUGCAACAAAUUAAUGUGCCUAACUUAUUUAAUUAAUGAUUUUAAUUAACUUCUUCACCUAGUUUACGCAAACAUAAAUCAAGCAAUGCACAGCACAACCAACUCCUUUAUAACUCUUCAACUCAAAACAACAAUCUGGUAACAAAAUGAUUAGGUUGGACAAAAACAUUAAUAUUCAAAAAACUGCAAAAAAAAAUAUUUGAAAUUUGAAAUUUGAAAUUAAUGAUUAACGAAACUGAUUAAUUUAAUUACGGCUUUAUUUUAUGCAAUUGACUACCACGUAAUUUAUUUACAAAAAUAACAGUAAUAUGAAUAUAGAAAACAUAUCACACACCCUUACAUGGUACAACUGAGUUUCCACUCAAAAAGAGAGAGUAUUGACUUUCCUUUUAAAAAGGAAAAAGGCAGAAAGCAGAGAAAUGACUGUUACAUGUUUAAUUUUCCUCAAUAGAUGUAAUCAAAACCAAUAAAUUUUCCCAUUAAUACAUUGACCUUUAAACAAUGGCAACGCCCUAUACAAGGGAAGAGGAGACCAGCAUUACGCAUGACAAAUAUCCCUCACCUCUCCUCCUCUCUUCAUCAUCUAUAUCCAUCUUAAUCUGAUUUUCUUCCUCAAAAACCAUAACUCCACGUAGGUUCUGUUAUCAAGGUUUGUGAAGAUGAUCAUGAAAUUUAAGGAUCUUCAUCACAAGCUCAAGGCUUUUCGGCUUAGACGGUUUCUCACAAGAGAUGGGGCCAAGAAAAGAGGGACUGAUGCAGCAAAGAAGCAUUCAUGGAUGGUGCCAAUAUCUCAUGGCUAUCAUGUUCUUGAGGAUCAGUCGUUUAGAGGAGGGUCAGAUGAUUCGGAUUCUGACUCGGUUGUGGUUCAGAGAGAACAAAUAGAGGAGCUGGAGCUAUGGUUUUUUGGAGUUUUCGAUGCUCGAAUUGGUGAUGCAGUCACCAAGUACUUGCAAUGCCAUCUGUUUGAUAGGAACCCCAAAGAGUCUCAGAUAAGAAGAAAGAGUAAAGAGACGAUCAGAAAAGCUUAUCUCGGAGCAAGAGCAAAGGUUAAGGAGACACAAAGAUCAGAUGAUGAGACAUGGAGAGUGGGUUCAGCAUCUGUAAUGGUGAUCAAUGGAGAAAAACUUGUGAUAGCCAACAUGGGUGAUUACAGAGCUGUAGUGUGUAGAGAUGGUGAGGCUCAUCAGAUGGGCAGUAAGCAUCAGCUAACAGCCAAAAGAUACUGGUCUCGCAGGCUCUUUUCUGUACGCAUAUGGGCAUGUAUGUCUAGCAAAGCAGCAGGUACCAAGCACUCUAAAGGCUCGGAGCUCGUGGUUGGAGCUGAAAGGAUCAACCCUGAUACUGAAUUUGUCAUCAUAGCAAGCACCGGCAUAUGGGAGGUGAUGAAGAACCAAGAAGCUGUUAAUCUCAUCAAGCACAUAGCGGAUCCACAAGAAGCUGCUGAGUGUUUAACAAAAGAAGCUUCAAACAGAAUGAGCAGAAGCAACAUUUCCUGCGUCAUUAUUCGCUUUGAUUAAGAAAUUUUUUGUUUUCUUUAUUUCUGUAACCCUGAACCCUUCAGAAGCAAAUGCUACAGACUCAGAACAGGAUCCUAAUUUUAGUA